AUGGCUGCCAACUUGCCUAAAUUUGUUGCAAAAACAAUUUCUCUUCUAAAUUUAGAAAGGAAAGCUGAAAUAGAAGAGACAAGGUCUCUCCAAGAAAAUAUUAGUCCGAAGGAACUUCAGAAGAGAGGAGUUUGCUUGCUAAAGCUUCGUAUUAGAGGCCGAAAAACUGGAUUGUAUGGAAGAUGUCUUUUGACUUUUGAACUAAACAAGCCAGGUUCUGACGGAAAACUUCCUUCACAUUCCUUUACUCCAGGUAGUCUUCUUAUGAUUUUCAAGAUAAUGAGAAAUUUGACUAUAUAAAUAAUACCCUUGCACUUUAUUACUGAAACUAGAAAAAAGUGUAUACAUAGUUUAAAUAUUAUGGCAACUACACAAUCUCUUCCUCAAGCGAAUUCCCUCCAACAUUUGUGCACAUCAAAGAAAUAAAGCAUUUGAUGUGUAUUUUAUAGGGGAUAUAGUUGGGCUUGGUUGGUUAAGUGGAGAUAUCAAAGACAUUGCCUCUGGAAUUGUCAGCCGUGUCACAGAAACAGCUGUCACAGUGGCAUUUGAAGAAACAGCUGACAGCUUGACAUUUGAUGAUGAUGGGCCAUUUAAACUAGUAAAACUUGCAAAUGAUGUUACUCAUAAAAGGAUCAAAAGGUUUGUUAUUAUGGGAAUUAACAUUUUCUAUGCACAUACCAUCAAUUUCAUUUUCAGUAAAUGCAUACCUGCCAACUCUCACACUUUAGGCAGGGGUCUUAUGUGUGUAGAUCAAAACCUUCGAUCUCAUGCCAAUUCAUUCCAAGAGACUAAUUUCUCCUCCUUGGGAGAAAAAUGAGCUAUUGCAGGCUUAACUUGUGAUUUUUUAAAAAUAUGCAAGGAAAAACAAUCAGAACCAACGCAAAAAAGAAGAGUCCAUGCGAACAAUCAUACUCUCCCUGAAAUCUCCAAUUUUAUUAGGAAAGUACUGAAACUGAGAAAUUCAGAAAACCUCAGAACAUCUUUGGAUAUGAUUGGGUUCUCUACGUAAAUUUCUGGCACUCUCAGUAUAAAAAUGGCAUGCCUUUGACUCCAAAAAUGUUGGCAGGUAUAUAAAACAAUAGGUUGAACCAACCUCUAAGUCCUAUCAUAAGUUAAUGGAAUAUGCUUUUCCAGGUGACCCUAGUCCUGAAUAGGGCUAUUGUUGACAGUGAUUGACUUUUCAACAACCUGCAUAGUUGGUUGUCUUUGUUACACUUUGUUACUAUUACAUGCAUUUGUAUGAAGGGUCCAAAUUUAGCUGAGUCGUUAAUGCCUAACAACUAGACUGAGUUAGAACUUUUUUACAAAUGGGUCAAGUUGCACCUUUAUUAUUAUAUAAGUUUUUAAUAAUUAUUUUUGUGUCGGCCAUUUCUGUAGUGCUCUUGAUGCUUUGACGAAAUACAGAGAAGGUCCUGCUGCUUGUUUGAUUGAUGUUCUGUUUGGGAAUCUGUCUCCAGGCCCUCCAUUACAAAUUCGGCCUUUUAACGAAGAGUCACCAUGUUCGUUAUUUAAUCCUGAUCUUGAUGAGUCACAGAAACAAGCGGUAAAGUUUGCAUUGUGUCAGAGGGAGGUAGCUAUAGUGCAUGGACCACCAGGCACUGGUAAAACUACAACUGUGGUGGAAAUAAUCAUGCAAGCUGUCAAAAAACUUAACAUGAAGGUGAGGUUACUUACGUUUAAACAUCAAACUUUUGAUGUACCAAACAUAAUCCCCAUUUAAAAAUUCUUGAAAUUGGUAAACCAGCUUUCCAGACAUGGAAAAAGUCUUGAUAAUGACAAUAAGUGUAGAUUUUUUUUGGAAAAAAAAAAACAACAACAAGUGCCAAGUGUUUAAUGGUUAAGUAUCAGUAUUAUUUUAUUCCCUUAGUUAUAUCUAAUUUAAUCUCAUCUGUAGCCAAAACUUUCAAUCACAGAAUAAUAAGUUUCAGAACUAUCUUUUGUCUACAUUCAAGGCUGCUGCCUAAGAAAAUUUUAUGGGAGCCCUUUGGGCUCCAAAAAUAAAAAGUAGGGAGCCCGAGCCGCAUUUCUAGUAGCCCAUCAAUCAAUAACCUUAAAUAAGUAAGCAGGUGCUUGAAACUUGAUUUAUGCAUCUCGAAACUCGAUUUGUUUGAGUCUCGAAUUUCCAGAAAAGUGCAUGUUUGUUUACUUUUAUCAGCAGAAAUUUAUUUGCCUAGUGUAGACAAACACACAUUUUACGUUUCCAUUUCAAAAGGGCAAAAUGAGCAGGGAAUUCUGUCGUUCGUUCAUUGGAAGUAGGCGUGCAGGCUAUUGCCAUAAGAAUCAUAAAUUGAGGCAUCCGUGCAGACUCCUUGUUUAAAAGUGUAGUCGCCUGUGAGCAAAUCAUAGCAGUAUCUGGCGACCGGACACCCGUUAGGCAGCAGCCUUGACAUUGCACUGUGGUUCCUGACUGACUGUUUGCAGUGCAUUAUGGAAAAUUUUGGUUCCCAUGAUUGUACAGGUUUCAAUUGAUCAAUUAGUUGAUAACGUUGAGUCUGGAUUAUUGUACUAGUUUUGCAAAAAGGCUGGAAAAAAGUCUUGAAUUUUGCUUCCAGAAAUCCUUACAAACCCUCAUGCUAUAAAAGUCAACAACCUUCUUGAACCACACCAGUUUUCAAGGCAAUGAAAAUGCAUCUUUUUGUUGAUUUUUUAGGUUCUUGCUUGUGCACCCUCCAAUGUUGCUGUUGAUAACUUAGUUGAGAAGCUAGUGAAAGGCAAAGUCAAGGUAAAGCUUAAUUAAUUUGCUGUUGCUUGUUCAAGUAACCUCAGUUAUUAAUAUACAGCAAACUCAGGGCUGUGCUCUCCCUUUUGGGUGACGAGGAAAAUUCUUAGCUUUUUCAUAGAAAUCCUAUGCUGGACACUCUGGAUUUCACCAGUUCAGAGCACUGAGCUCCACUUUGAAACAGGACACUUGGUGACAUGUUCACCAGUACAGUAGAUACCAAGGUCAACCCAAACUCCCCACUAACACAAACUAAUAAAAUUUAUUACUUUUCCAUUAAGUCAAAUUUUAGUUAAUUCUGACCCACUAAUUUAAACUGCCUUCUCUAAAAUAAGAUCUAGGUGACUCAAUCUAGUAGGGCAUACCGUAAACUUGCGAUUAUAGCACCCCUUCCCCCCUUCCCCUAUUUAUAGGCCCAUCUAUGCAUAAACAACUGGUUAUUAGCCCACCUGUAGCAUGCAUUGAAAUGAAUUUGACUUUUUAUGUCGAUUUGAAGCUUAAAGAAGCGAUCAAAUUCAAAAAGUACUUUGAUCAGCACUGUUAAGUAGCUUGUUUUGAGACACUUUUUUAGUCUGGUUAUAACCCCGCCCCCUUUAAUAAGCACUGCUAAAACCCCUUACAAAGUUGUGUAAGCCUAGGUCUCAUAAUCGGAAGUUUCAGUAUUACUGUGCAGUCUUCUUCUUUGGUAGCCCCAGCAGUGUCAAGCCUCUGGGGGCAGUUAGAAGUCAACUUACAUACACCAACUUUGGCAUGACACUAGCGAGUAUGCUGCUCCUGGCAGGUCACUGUUUUUUGUUCCCAAGGAGACUUAACCUGAUGAUGUUGAUGAUGAAGUCAAAAUCCCCCCAAUCCCUUAUCUCAAAUUGUUUUUGUUUCCCUUUAGAGACAAUGUUAUGUUUUUGACUAUUAUUAUUUCAAAAAUUGAAUUUUAUGUAGGUUGUGAGACUUGGUCACCCUGCUCGUCUGCUCAGUGCCGUUCAAGAGCAUUCCCUUGAUGCACUGUUGUCUAAUUCUGAGGGAACAGCCAUUGUGAGAGAUGUGAGAAAAGACAUCGAUGAAACACUGGUAGGGCUAAAGUAUAUUGUUUCUUUGGCUUUAAAUCAUGUUGAUUGAUUACUUGUAAAAAGGGAUUGGCAUGGUGAGAUGAAAGUUAAAAGGAUUACUUGCUCAAGGCAGUCAUGCCAGUCUAUCACAUCCCUUACACUUAUUACAUGUACUUUAUCUUGGAGAAAGCUACCUGCCUGUCAGUCAGCUUCAGGCACGGAUCCAUAUCAGUUUCCACCAUUUUAUGGAAAUUGGUCAGAUUUUUCUUAAAUAUAUUUUUAGUCAAAAACAUUAAACUUUCCAAGUUGAAAUCUGGAAAAUGGUUUGGAGAGUCAGUAAAUAUCCAGUCUGAAUGACUCAGAAACCCAGGAAAGGGGACUUUAGGGCAUUCACUUCCAAAACAUCUCCCCGGGGAGGAUUCCCCCAGAGCUCCCUAGAAGUAGGAAGUCAGUCAGUAUUUAUUCUAGAUCCACGUUUGACUUGUGCUUGAAACCUGCUUUCCUGAUGGGUCCUUCCAUCAGUGCCAGGCUACUGGACAGCACUUUUGUCGUGCCCUGGAUUGAGCUUUGUAUGAUUGUCCUGUUUGAGUGGCUUUUCACACUCACCAACAGGUUGUAUAACUGACAUAGAUAUCACAAAUAACACAAGAGAAUUGCAGCAAGGCCAAACUUUAAUAGAAUAAAGAAGAUUGCAUUUGAAUAAAUUUAUAGGAUUUCUAGGAUUUUAGGUGUAGCAUAUCCAGGAAUUGGCUUUUCAUCUACCACAUCCCAGAUCAAAUUAAAAUUUAAAGAUGUUGGCUUUUAAGAAAAGGGAGAAAUUGGUGUACGCAAAGAAAAUCCUAAAACUAAAAAAACACUCAAACAUGUAACCUAAUAACAAUGACCUUAUCCUCUUUCAAAUUCUUUUUCACUAUUGGUCAUAUAGAUAGGAUCUGUCCCUUCUCUUUUUAGAGUUCUUUACUCUUUCAAGAUGUAUAAUUACAUUCUUCUCUUUGUCUCUACUUGAUAAUGCGGUAAUGUUUAUAUAAGUAAGUAACAAGCAUGUAAUUUUAUAAAUUUCUCUUAUUAUAGCUGUACCUGAAUUUGUGGCCUUUCUGUCCUUUGUUCAUUAGAUAAAGGUUAGAAAGACACGAAAUCCCUCAGAGAAGAAACAUCUGAAACAGGAAAUAAAGACACUUCGAGAAGAGCUCAGACAAAGAGAAGACAAGGCCAUCGCAGAAAUUCUCACGAGAGCUGAUGUUGUCUUAGCAACCAAUACAAGUGCAUCAGCAGAUGGUCCCCUUAAACUUGUUAAAGCAGAACAUUUUGAUUUGGUUGUUAUUGAUGAGGCUGCACAGUCUUUGGAAGCUGGCUGCUGGAUACCUUUACUGCGGGCCCCAAGGUACAAGUACCUUUUUGGCUACAAUAAGACUGUGAGCACACAUAAGUGACAAACACCAAAGCUGAGAAAAACAAGAGUGGAAGCCCAAACAAAGAAAAAAUGUUUUCCUCUCUCUUCCCCAAUCUCUCCUGCCUUUUAUCAUUAAUAUUAUUACAUUAUAAUAUUAUCAUCAUAUUCAUUUAUCAUUUUUUUAUCAUUUUUUCUCCUCGUGCGUGCCAUGAGGAAAUAUGGACGACUGCUCGUGGUCUGGGUUACACUGGCAUGCUUGUGAAAAAACCUUAGGGGCCCUUAACACAAGUGAUUUUAUGGCCCCACUUGUACUUUGCAGACGUCCUUUUAGCUCUUCUCAAAGACAACUAUUAGAAAUGCAAUGCUGUAUGAUGUACAUGCUGGAACUUUUUCUAAUGUUGGGGGGGGGGGGGGGGGAGUGGAGAAGACCCACAAAGAAUGAACCCCUCCCUUUAAAAAAAUGUAUAAGGGGAACCCCGAGGGUUUACCCGGGGGUUUUACGUGCGACACUGACACCCCCAAAUAUCUUUAAAACAAAAGCGAGAAGAGGGGGGGGGGGGGGGAGAGGCUGCAAAUACACCUAAAGAAUGACACCAUCCCUUUAAACCAUGUUUAAGAGGGAUCCCCAUAGGUUUCCCAGUGGUUAUUACCGGCUAAUCCUGAACCCCAAUAUACUUUCUAAAAUGGCCUCUUUCGAGGUUCCAGAUUCUCUCAUCUUAACUGGAACCAGUGCCUUAAAAAAGAGGACACGGUAAAAAAUAGUCUAAUGACAGGGUCAAGGAAAAUGUCUGCAUCUUCUGUUAAGUCAAAAGAAAUGGAUGUUAUCGACAUUUGAGAUAAUUUAGCUGACUUUCGUUACCAUAUUGAUUCUUUUUAACAGCAUUUCCUGAAUUCCGUGUCACAAAAUCUCCAAAUCCUGCAUCCCUUUCAUAAUGACAAUCCCGAGUACAUGUAUCACUCCCCUUUUCCUCCAAAAUCGUGAAUCGCAAUCUUCUAAUAAGACAAAUCCUGCAUCCCGAAGUAUUGGGCACCCUCAAUUGACUGAAAAACUUUUACUUUUGGAGGGGAGGAGGGGGGAGGGGCGUUUGUUCUCUUCUUCUGGUUUGUUUUUUGAGGGAAGGGGGCGGCUGUACGCGAAGGCUAGGUUUGACGUGAACCUUUGUUCUUGCCAGGUGUGUUCUUGCUGGAGAUCACCUUCAAUUACCGCCCACAAUAAUAUCUGUAGAGGCAGCGAAACAAGGCCUGGAAGUCACUCUGAUGGAAAGACUCACAAAGCUGCUGGGAGAUUCUGCUGUACGUAUGUUGACAACUCAAUACAGGUGUGUAAAACAGGAAGGUACAUAUCAUCAAUUUGGAUCAUUAUACGUGUCUGGGCAAAUGCUGUUUAGUACUUUGGGGACCAUCUCAUUAUCCUCAAGUGGAAUCAUUAUGAUGACGAUGAUGACAUCAUAGCCUUUUGUGUUUAUCUCAUGAAUAAAAUGCGCUGGAUUAUCAUUAUUAUGGUGGUGGUGGAGAAGUGAACACGAUAAAAAUAUGGUGGCAAUGGAGAAGGGAAAACAAUACAAAUUUGGUGGUGAUGGUGUUGGUGGUGGUGGAGGGAAAAAUAGAAAUGUGGUGGCGGUGGUGGACGAAGAAAAACAAUGUAGAGAAGCAAAAAAGGGAGGAAGGAAAAUGGAAAAUUGGUUUUUUGGUGCUAGAAAGAGCUAGUUUGCUUUCAUCUUCAUUAAUAUGCUCAAUUUGCAUGCCAAGAAUCAGUGAACCGGAACUUUAUCAAUUGUCGAACAAUGAAAGUAGUUUGUAGUCAUCCAAUCGCGAACCAAGACAUUCAUCGACCUUAAAAUAACUAGAAAACCUGUCAAACCAUAUAAAUAAUAGUACAGUCGACUCCCGGUAACUCGAACCCUCUGUAACUCGAACCUCCCGCUAACUCGAAGCAAUUUUCAUUUCUCUUCAGAACAUUUUCUAUAUAAUUUUACCCUCGAUAACUCGAUCUCCCGAUAACUCGAACUUUUUUCUGUUUCCCUUGAAGGUUCGAAUUAUUCGGAGUCGACAGUAGAACAUGAUAAAGGGGUUAAAACCAGUCAAAGCUAGAUGAGUCUAUUGUAUAAAAAUAAGGCAAUACAAAAAGGGAAGAUAGUGAGAAUCCGCCGCAUUUUAUUCAUGAGAUAACAAAAAACGGCUACGGCAUCAUUGGUGUUAUAAAACUAACGAGAUUCCGCUUCCAAAAAAGGCCUAACCGGUCCGUACUAUACUGGUCCAGUGCACAUACCCAGUGGCCUGUAAUGUAAGUAACCCCUCCCCCCUUGGCCUAAUCGGUCCCUACUAUACUACUCCAGCAGCACAUACCCAGUGGCCUGUAAUGUAAGUAACCCCUCCACCCCUCGACCUAUCCGGUCCCUUCGAGGUCCCUUCUAUACUACUCCAGCGGCGUAUACCCAGAGGCCUCACCCUGCGUGUACUGUGUGUAACACCUUCCCCCUCGAGAUAAGAGGGAUUAUAAUUAUAAGCUCCUACCACAGAUAGCAGGGAUAUUAGCUGCUUAACCUCACAUCUGUAUCAUAUAACAACCUGAAAGGAGUUGUUCACAUUGAUAUAUUGAAGUCAUUCUUUUGAAAACUCAACUGCCUUGCCUCUUCACUUAAACUACGACCCUCCUAAAAUGAUAUUUCUUACUCAACGCAGAAUGAAUGCAGCGAUUAUGAACUGGUCAUCAGAGAAACUCUACGAGGGUCGACUACAAGCGCACAGUUCGGUUGAAUCUCAUCUUUUAAAGGAUCUUCCUGGAGUACAGGAAACGGACGUGACCUCACUUCCGCUGUUGUUAAUUGACACCACCGGAUGUGACGUCAGAGAGAAAGAGGUAGAAGACGAAGUCUCCAAAGGCAAUGAAGGUGAAGUUGACAUCGUCGCCGCGCAUGUCAUGUCGCUUAUCGCCGCUGGUGUUAAGCCAAGUGAUAUAGCUGUUAUCGCACCUUACAAUCUUCAGGCAAGUAUUAUCACAUUCAUUCCGCGAGUUAAAUGUGUUGUUAUAUUAAUUUCGUUUUAUGCAAAAAUUCGAUAAUCUUUUAGAAACAGAGCAAAACAUGACCGGUUUCGCACCUAAAUUAAUUUACAGAAUGGUUAAAAACCCCUCUUUGCAGGUGAUUUGGACCGUACAUACGUUUUUUAUUACCGUACAUGAAGGCAUUCCACCAUUCCCUUCUGAGUUCUCCCUUUUAUCCAACGCCAACUCAUGCCUGGCGGCUGUCUGUAGUUAGGCGGGCGCUAACAGCUUCGUACCUGCUAAAUACUAUGCAAGAAAAAACGCUUUGUUAGCGGGAUAGACCAGUGAAAUUUGACUAUGACUAGCUUAGAUGUUGUUGUUUUUACUGAAGGCAAAAACCUUUUAAACAUUAUAAGGGCUCGAAAUAAACUUGAAUUCCAGCUUGAAUUUCAUCAGACUUUUUUCGAACCUACAAUAUUUUGAAAGGAUAUCGUCAACGAAAUUUUACAUCAAUAAGGUUACGUACAUAAAAAAAACUUUAUGACAAAUCGUAUUGCGAUUAUAUCCUAUCUAUGUUGUACAACACCUGUUAUCAGCCACCUAACAUGCAAUACAAACAGCUUUCUUGUUUAUUAUGGUCAGAUGUAGUUAAGUGCAGGAGUCAAUUUAUUAAACUAUUAAAUCUGUUACAAGUCUAAUUUACAAUUUUAAGUUACACUUGUAAAGUUUGUAUGAAAUUGACCCCAGGGUACAGUCCUUUCUUCCCUGCACCGGAGUAAUCACCUGCAGUGUGUCUUUUGUCCAGGUUGAGUUGCUUCGGCUCCGCCUCUCGUCCCAGUACCCAACGCUUGAGAUCAAGUCUGUUGACGGAUUUCAAGGAAGAGAAAAAGAAGCUGUUGUGAUUUCACUUGUGCGCUCAAACAGUAAAGGUAAUGCACGUGCGUGCCGCAUACAACAGGAGUUACAGCAGAAGAACAUAUCAGCUAAGACGUUUUUUAACGCGGGAUAACUAAGCCUGGGACAAAAUACUUACUUGAACGGGAUUCGAAUCCAUGAACUUGCGAUAAUAGAGAGUUUAAGCUUCGCGUGUAAGGCAAACGGCAAACGUCAGAUUCAAGUUGAGAAUGUCUUAAAAUAGAAAAUAAGCAGAUAAAAACUGCUCGAAACCUGAAUUCUUAUGGAUGGGAAUUUGCGUGAAACUACUAAUUUAUGUGUAGAAAUAAUGAACAGUAAACGGAAAGUAAAUGAGAAACUUGGUCACGUGAUACAAAUUUGCGUUUGCCAAUUGACGUCACGCGUAACACGUGACCAAACCCUAAGAAAUAACGUCUGCGUGCAAGGAUACUGGGAUAAUGGUGCAAUACCAUCUGGGAGUAAGACAUCAUGUCGUUUCAAAUCCCCUUCAAGCCUGAAUUUUUUCCCGGACUUACAGGCGAAUCUUCGCUGACGUCAUUGCUGCAUAUUUCCUCAUUAGCUUACGACUUAACUCAUAGAAGCCGUGACCGUGUACAUAUACACGAACUAAAUUCAAAACUUGAAAGAGCAUAUUGACUUAUCUUUGCAGGCAAUAUUAAAGGAAAUAUCAGCUAUCAAAAGCUGCGAAAUUGCUGGGUGGCAAAAAAGUCUACGAGCCAUACAUUGUUUCUAAAAUUUCGAGUUUUUAAAAGAGAAUUCCUCCGAAACGAUUCGGUAUUUAGGGCUCAAAUUUCCAAAGAUAACUGAAAUUGUUCUGCUCUUUCAAUAUUCAGGGAUUUCGUUUUAUUAGCUUCAUCAGAUGAUGAUUAGCAUUUGUUGAUGAGGCACAAAGUGUAAACAAAGAUUCGCCUGUUCGUGGGGAUUUAAAGGGCGGCUUUAGCAUGUUUUUGUUAAGAAGAGAGUCUCUCUUGUUACUACUAAACUCGUGUGCUCAUACUGUAGAGGAUGUUGGUACUGUUUGUUUGUUUGUUUUUUGUUUCGAAUGCUUAAACUAAUAACUAAUUUUCCAGCUUUCUCUGUUUAUUUUGAAAGGCGAAGUUGGUUUUCUAGCCGAACACAGACGAAUUAACGUAGCCAUUACUCGAGCUCGACGCCAUCUUGCUGUUAUUGCUGAUUCUGAGACUGUAGAUAACGACGACUUCUUGAAAUCUUUAAUGGAGUACAUGGCCAGCCAAGGAGAGGUGCGAUCUGCGCAUGAAUAUAUCCACGACUCUUUUCCAACAGUUGACGCUUCGUCUUGCCAUUAUGAACACCACGAGGUGUUUAUAAAAGGAAAAAGUAAAGAUUACAAGAACAAGAAAGAAUUAAAAGCUAAGAAUGGAAAGUCCAAAGAUCGAGUCCCCUUGAACGCCUCAGUUAAUUAUGAAGCCGAGUCAGGCGUAGUGUGCAAUGGAAAUGCCGAGGAGCGCGAUCAGUCUCUUUCAUCUCAUGCAAGCGUUACUUCAACCCAAUCUUCACCUUCUGUAGAAUUCAAGAGCAGUGACGAUUACCGACAGCUUCCUGGACCAUCGUCUUGUGAUACUACCGUGACUGCGAAGUACAGUCGUGAAACUUUAGAGAAAGAAAUUGUGAAUUUUACGCAGGAUAAGUCGAAAAAUGAAUUCUCGUUUCCCAAGACUUUAAACUCGCAACAGAGAUUUGACGUGCACAGCAUUGCAGAAGAGUUAGGGCUCGAUCAUGAAAGCAUAGGAGAAGGAAAAGGGAGAUACAUUGUUGUAAGGAAACCGCCCAAGUCGGCUUCGAAAGGUGGGUUGACUUGUUGCAUAAUAAAUGUUUUCUUUACCAACUGAUGGGGAUUGCUACUUUGGUAUAAUUUAUUUAUAUCCAGCAUUAGUAUUUACCAAAUCUGUGGAUCGCGAUUUUCGCACGUUUGGAUUUGCUCCCGUAAUUCGGAAUAUCCUUGGCUAUUCACUGUUUUGGGACAGGAGUCAAUAUGGGGUCCUGUUUCACGAAAGUUUUAGAAGACCACUUUUUUGCAACUAAUGAAGCAUCUGUACCAAAAAAUACCAAGAUAGCGACGAAAUUUGACUUGUUGAUGCUUACCAGUAGGAAGACAAUUAUUUUCUCUCUAAAUCUGCUACAAAAUUAAACAAUUAAAAUUAAAACAAUUAAAACCUUUUUACCAAAAGUAUAGUUUCAUUUUUUCCAACAUAUUUGGUAAACACGUAAACAACUAUCCCCUCAGGGUCGGUGCAUAGUACCAGAUACAAACUUCGACACUUUGCGUAUAUCCAUUACUAUUCAGCUCUCUUUGGGCGGAUAGUUUAAUAUUAUUUGCAGAAUUUACUUUUGUUAUUUAGGGCAGUCUCUUAAACACAUGAACCAUCGCUACGCAGAGCAAACAAUUUUCUACUCCUUGGGGUCAGAUUUCCUUACAUACAGAAAGAAAGGUGUUGGUAGAUUUGGCAUGAUUUAAGUGACAAAACAUGAAUAAAAUGAGCCCCCUCCACCUCCCGCCGCCUCACAAUCCACACCCCACUUCGCAAAGUACCCCUCGAAAGAAGGUAUUGGAGUCAUCACCCAGGGGAUAUGUCCUGGAUUGAGAUUGCAAAAAUUACAAAUAUUGCAGGAAAUUACAUACAAUGGACGGAUAAAUACAAACAGUUUCAUGGAGGACCCUCAACGAUCCCCCAGUGGAAUUACGAAUGUCACAUUCGUAACUGAACUUAUUAGUUCUAAGUUCUUUAAGGGGUUGAUUCAUUGUUUAAGCGCAGUUUAUUGAAAAAAAUGUCUUAGGAACGUUUCUCUAUUAUCUUCUACUUUUGCAUUUACAGACGAAAAUGAUGACAAUGGUUUAGUCAGCACUUGUCCUUUGUGCAAGAAGCAAGUUCCAAGUUGUAACCUUCAGCUUCAUUCGCUUCGCUGUGAGCAACAACUCAGGUCACAAGUCAGGGAGGCGAACGAAACAAAACAUAAAGAACAUUCCCCAGGAAGAAAAACCCCCAAACCGGUGAAAACCGGUGUAAAAACUAAACUUCCUCCUGCCAAACAACACGAGGAGGAUCUUGACAAGCUGUUGGCUUCUUUUACGAAGCUAGACACGCAGUGCGCUUAUGAAACUUGUAAACAGAGCAUAAGAACGUUAGGACAGAUGUGUAAAUGUUGUGAAAGGAUUUACUGUUUGUCUCAUCAUAUUCCCGAGGUUCACGGUUGUGGUGAGGCAGCUAAAAUUCGCGCCAAGCAACUUUCCAGCCAUCCAAAGAGUGCUAAACCAAAAGCAUCAGACGCCUCGCGCAGAGCGCAGUUGCAUCGAAAGCUGGACAAAAGACUUGAUGACAUGUCGGAACAGAGAAGAGCAAAAAAGAAAGGAGGGGACGGCAAAAAGUAG